AUGUCGUACUCCAUGUCGCCGCCCGCCCAGAAGCCGGCGCCGUACUCUCCAUACCAGGCGGCCGGCUCGCCCACGAACAACCAGUCACCAUACGCACCUCCCGCCAAGCGACCGCGCCUCUCGCCCGAUGCCAAAUCACCCAAUGGCGCAUCGCCAUAUUCCAAUCCGCCGCAUGGUCUACCAAUGCAGUAUGGCAAUCCCUACGCUCAGCAGGGCGUGCAGUCGCCUUACAGCCCUGGCUCCUUCGCAGGUUCUCCGCAAGGCUCUUUCAACACUCCGCAGCCGUACCAGCAGCAGCAGCAGAUGCCUUGGAACAACUAUCAGACGCCACCGCCGACGCAACAAAGACCGUCGCAUACGAGUCCUCCUCCGGCAAAUAGCAGUCGCGACAUGCCACCUCCCCCUCGACCGAACAAGGACGACCGGGAUGAGAAGGCUGGUAUCGAUGAUAUCAAUGACAGCCUGUUCAUGAGUGGCAUCAAUCUGAAAGAUGAGGAGAAUUAUUUGCACAAUACAUACAACAACCGGCAUGUGAAUGACAGCUUUGCGACGAACCAGUCCACGUCGUUCGGCUCGAGCACUGUGGGCUCGAACAACAACAGUUUCAACAUGCUCACUCAAGGUACGUCUUUUGGUAGUCAAGGUCAAGACGGCGGCAGACUGCAGCCGCGGUCACAAGAAGACAUCGAGAACGAGCAGAAGAGCAAGCGCGAGCAGGCUGCACGGGCAAGGGCGGAGAAGGAGCAACAUCAUCUCAACAAUCAAUUCUUGCUUGGCAACUGCGUGAGAAAUCGAAUGCACAAAUUGGCUACGGACAAUGCGGUAAGAGUGGAUGUGCAAGGCGUGUACGUCCGGAAUCCCGAUCCGUACGAGACGAAAGUCAUGGUCAACAGAGGAGGUACAGAAGGCGUCGCUGCGGUAGAGACGAAGCCCGAGGCUAUGAUUGAAGCUGGAGUACCAUAUGAGAACAUCCUCUCUCUUAUCAGCCUCGCCGCUGGAGAGCGCUUAAGAGGUCUUGUCGAUGAUGCAUUUGGCCUGGCACGCGCGAGAAGAUACGGAGAUCACGGUUGUGUAGUACCUCCAGAAUUUGCCGACAUUGCUGAGGGCCAGGGUAAGAAGUCUCAUGAGACAGUGGUACCAGAGAGUGUGACCGGCACGCAAUGGGACAAGGCGGACGAUGAUGGUGCGAAUGGUGUGAAUGGUGAACAUCCGGCGAACAGCGACAAGGCGACUCCGCAGCCCGUGGAGACAAUAUCAUUCCAAGGCACGCUCAACGCUCGGCUGCGCGAGCUGGCAGAGCGCGACAAGCAAGCCGAGAAGGAACGGGCUAAGAAACGCGAGGCACGAAAACGCAAUGCAGACAGUGCGGCAGGUGAUGAGAGCACUCCUGCCGCUACGACACCUGCGGAGACACCGGCAGUCGGGCCCGUUGAAGCCGCAGCGCCGGUCAAGAUGAGCAAGAAAGAAAUGAAUAAGAAGAACAAGGAGCAACAGACUGCUGAAGCGCAGUCGUUCACGCAAUCCAACCGGACCGCUGCGAUGAUGGCGAUGGGCGGUAAGAAGUCAAAGUAUUCAUGGAUGAGUGGAGGUGCGAACAACUUGCCCACGAACCGCUUUGCUAGACCCGCUGGCGGCAGUGGGACUGCGACGCCAAAGGCACAGCCUGAGCCCGCAGCCGCGGUGGCAGGAAAGGAUCAAGAAGUCAAAGUACCGACUUGGGGCGACUGGCGCGAAGACGGCGUCGAUGGCAAAGGCAUUCAGCUUCGGGAUUGGGUGCUCGUGCUGGAGCGAGAUGGGCGUGAGAAGCGCGCUCUUCAACAGGCUGUGAACAAGCUCUCUUGA